AUGCCGAAACGCAAGGUUGUCGAAGAGGCUCCAACGGCGGCGGUGCCAGCGACUCCCAAGAAGAGGGCCAGAAAGACGGGGGUGAAGGGGAAGAAACAUGAAGCAUAUACCUCCCAGCAGACCAAGGCCAUCUCCGAUUUCGUCAGUGUCACGCAGGCCAACACCACCACCGCCGCAAAGAUUCUCAAACAGCACAACUGGAACGUUGGCGCUGCAGCAAACGCUUACUUCAACAAUCCCACCGGCGGCUCCAACCCACUUCGCACCUCCCUUAGCAAAACCUUUGACAAAUACCGCGAUGAUCCAAAAAACACUCCAGAUGAGAUCGGGGUCGAAGGCACUGGCACCUUGUUGCAAGAGCUAGACAUCGAAGUGGCCGACGUUGCCGCCCUCGUCUUCUCUGAACUGGUACAGUCACCUUCACUGGGCACGAUCACGCGGGAUGGCUUCGUAGAUGGAUUUUCGGACGUCGGUGUGGAUAGCUUGCCGAAGAUGCGAAACAUUGUUUUGCAACGCAGAUCGCAAUUGCCCACAGAUAAGGAGGUGUUCAAAAGGGUGUACAACCACACAUUUGUGCUCGCGUUGCAGGAGAAGCAAAAGGGACUUUCGAUGGAAAUGGCGAUGGAAUUUUGGAAGGUGCUAUUCGAAAAGCCCGCAUUUGAGUGGCGGACGGCGUCGACGCCCUGGCUGGACUGGUGGUUCGAGUUCUACGAGUCCAAGGUCAAGAAGGCCGUCAACAAAGACUUGUGGAAGCAAAUCCUCAACUUUGCGCAGGAGACCAUGAAGGACGAUACCUUGAGCUUCUGGACCGAGGAAAGCAGCUGGCCGAGUGUGAUUGACGAGUUUGUGGAGUGGGUGAAGACCGAGAAGCGGCCUGGUGGUGAUGCAAUGGAGAUCUCUUAG